GCAACUACACAUGCAUUUCUGCAUUUGGUGCCACUUUGGGAAGGAGGGAGGGACUCACCAGCCUCAGGUGGUGAAGUUUUUUUCUCAGUUCCACCGCGCGAAGUGCGAUAGUGCUGUAUCGUUGUACUUUGUAGGUGAUCGCGAGCAAUCUUUUGGAGUGUUGUGUUGGUGGAGACAUGCGAAGCGCCGGGUCGUGUUUGAGACCUGAAUGAGUCAUGGAAGGCUCGGUGCAACGACUAGUGAUUCAGCUGUACAAAAGCGCAGUUGCCGCUGGCUUUCGAACUCCCUGCUUCACUUCUCCUUCUUUCUCGGCCCCUUCUUCGCGGGCCUUUAUGCCCGUCCAUUGCUUCCUUUUACGAAUUCCAUUUUCACACAUACGAAGCCCUAGUAAAUUGGUGGUCGCUCCGAUCCGCCCCACACGCCCGCAUUUGCUUUCUAGUUCUCGUUUUACUCCUUGCAAGGAUUAUUCAAGGCGGUUGGAAAGGAAUUAUUAUGUUGGGUCCAGGAUACUCCCUGCGAACGGGAGACAGUCCUCUUUUUGGAGACGUAAUAGUGAUGUCAAGGAUGAUGUUACAGCUGCAGGUGCCCGCAAGUCACACGAGUUUCCAUCAGCUCCUGAGUCUAAGAAUGGGACAGCUGAGGUCUCAUAUAAGAAGGCCGGAGAGCGGAGGACGAUAACUGUUUCGAGGCCUCUGAAGUGGGCCAAUACGCUAGCUGCACUCUCCUCUACUCAGCUUCGAGAAGCUAUUAGGUUGGCAUCGCUUGAUGAGAAAGUCUAUGACGCUGUCAUGCUGGUCAAGGUACUGGGUCUUAAUGACUGGAGUCGGAAGAGAAAAGAACUUAAUUUCAUAGGGGGGCUACUUCGAGACGCUGAUCCUGAAUUAAUGGAACAGGUCCUACGAGCGUGCGAGGAUGGCGACCGUUUAGGCUCGACGAGUCGCAGACUUUCCCUUCCCUAUUUCCGUCCCCAUUACUUUAAUUCUAGCAGUACAGGCGGCAACCUUUCUCGUCUCUGGAAUACUUCUGCAUCAAAGAAUUUCGACUCAAGUUCCAAGAGCAAUCUGUACACGGCGAUGGUUGGAACGGUUUCAGCAAUGCAACGGAAGCCAUCGUUAAGCGUGCAACAUACAAGGGAGCAAGUUCAAUUACCAAACACGGUCAACACAGCACCUCAGUUCAGGUUUCCACAAUCAAUACAACACUUCAAGUCAUCGCCUUCUAAUUUUGUACCCCCUGUUUCGAGGACUGUGAAGGUUGCUCUCCAAGCCGUAUCGAAGACAAAGUCUCAUUUGACUAAUGGGUACGCCCUUCCUCAGCUUGCCCGACGCUUCGGUAAAUUACGUGCGCAAAAUCAGAAUUCACACUUGUUGACAUCCAGAAAGACGCCGGACGUGGGUGUGACCUCACAGGCUGUAGACUCUGGACGUGGAGAAGCAUGGGAAAGAGCUGCUCACCAGUUGGGAAUAUUGGUGCUGGCGAAGCCCUUGAGUUUAUCUGCGUUGAAGACAGAGGUACCGUUGUCGGAGUUCGAGCCUGAAAAAUCUCAUUCGUCCACUUCCAUAGCUACGGAUCGGAAUGACUAUUCGAAAUCCUUUAGAUUGAGUAGUUCAUGCGAAAAAAAGUCAGAGAUUUUCAAACCUGUGAUUGUGAAUGAGCGUUCAUGUAAGUCAGAGAUUUUCAAACCAGUGAUUGUGAAAGAGCGUUCAUGUAAGUCAGAGAUUUUCAAACCAGUGAUUGUGAAAGAGCGUUCAUGUAAGUCAGAGAUUUUCAAACCAGUGAUUGUGAAUGAGCGUUCAUGUAAGUCAGAGAUUUUCAAACCAGUGAUUGUAAAAGAGCGUCCUUGCAAGUCUUUGAAUUUUUCUGACUACAUUCCUGAGCAAAAGUCUGGGUUUUCUAAUUCAGCUGAAAAAAUUGGUGAGGAAAACCAACCAAGCAGCCAUGCUGAUCAAUCUGAGAGUGGUCAAAUUAAGAAGACUUCAGCUAAACGGAGUAUCACUGUUAAGAAAGCUAUUGUUGAUAAUUCACCGGAAGAAAGUAAGCUCAGAACCAGAUCAAGGAAGAAACAUGUCCCUGUCCAACUUGAAAGAAAGGAUCUAGGAGAGAAUAACGUCACAGGUGACUCGCACGUCUCGGCACUAGAUUCCGAGAGGUCUUCCAACAUGGAUCCGUAUGAGGAACGACGGCCAGUGUCUAUAAAAUCUGUAAUGAUCGUAGACAGCGUCGAAAAGGCUGAAAUGGUUGUUGAGCAGCUGAUGAGCGAAUACAAGAAUGUGGUGCAUGCUUGUGAUACUGAGGUUGCAGGGAUAGAUGUGAAAAAAGAGAGUCCGGUUGGACAUGGGCAAAUCACAUGUUUCAGUAUCUAUUGUGGACCUGGUGCGGAUUUUGGAUAUGGCAAGAACCGCCUCUGGGUUGAUGUGUUGGAUGGUGGGGAUGAUGUUCUGAGAGUCUUUAAACGUUAUUUUGAGGAUCCCUCUAUUCAAAAGGUUUGGCACAACUAUAGUUUUGACAAACAUAUACUCAGUAGGCAUGGAAUACAUCCUCAAGGUUUCUAUGCAGAUACUAUGCAUCUGGCUCGUCUAAAUGAUUCAGCGAGGAGAGGUUCCAAAGGAGGCUACGCACUGGAAGUAUUGAGUGCCGAUAGGAAAGUCAUGGAUUAUUGCUCAAAGAAUUUUACUGAAGAAGAUGGUUCUGUGUUUGUGGGAAAGAAGUCAAUGAAAGAGUUAUUUGGAAAGGCCAAGUUGAAAAAAGAUGGCACACCUGGUAAAAUCAAAGUGGUACCUCCAGUUGAUGAAUUGCAAAGAGACGAGGAGCUGCGGGACGCUUGGAUUCAUUACUCUACACUUGAUGCAGUAUGCACGUGGCGCCUCUUUGUAAGUCUUCAGCAUAAGCUGAGUAAUACUCCAUGGAGUGUAGCAGAAUUGAGACAUAAGGGAUCUAUGUACGACUUCUAUGAGAAGUACUGGAGGCCGUUUGGAGAGGUUUUGGUGCAGAUGGAGGCUUAUGGAAUGCUUGUGGAUUAUGAUCACCUUGCCACUGUUGAAAAGCUUGCUAGGGCUCAACAAAAGAUAUCAGUAAGUCGCUUCCGGAAGUGGGCUGCAAGAUACUGUCCAAAUGCUGCACGAAUGAACGUUGGAAGUGAUGCUCAAAUUCGCCAGUUUUUGUUUGGAGGCACUGCAAACAGGAAGGAUGCAGAUCAAGCACUACCUAUGGAGCGGGUUUUCAGUACGCCCAAUACCGAUGGAUUUAUAGAGGAGGGCAAAAAGAUUGCGAAAAAGACAAAGCCUAUGGUUAUAACAGGGCUCGCAAAUCACGGUAUCAAAAUACCUGUGGAGACCUAUACGUCUUCUGGCUGGCCAGCGGUUGGUGGUGCAGCAAUUAGGGCACUUGCAGGCAAAGUUUCUAUCGACUAUUCUGACAUAGACGAUGAUGCUGCGGAAGGAGUACUGGAGGUCGAUACAGAACCUGAGGUUUCACUAACCUCAGCUGGAGUGGAGACUGACCACGAAGAAGAUUUAUCUGUAUAUGGCAAGGCUUAUAAGGCCUUCCUUGGAGGUCAAGAGGGCAAGGAGGCAUGUAUGGCAUUGGCUGCAUUGUGUGAAGUUGCUUCAAUCAAUACAUUAUUGUCCAAUUUCAUAGAACCAUUACAGGGCAAUGAUAUCAAGAGCGUCUCUGAUGGGCGGGUGCAUUGUUCCUUGAACAUUAAUACUGAAACUGGGCGAUUGUCUGCGAGAAGGCCAAGCCUGCAGAACCAACCAGCUCUUGAGAAAGACCGUUAUAAGAUCCGUCAAGCUUUUGUUGCUGCUCCUGGAAAGGCUCUUGUGGUGGCUGAUUAUGGGCAGUUGGAGUUGCGAUUACUUGCUCAUUUAGCCGAUUGCAAGAGCAUGAAAGCAGCAUUCAUAGCUGGUGGUGAUUUCCAUUCAAGGACGGCUAUGAACAUGUACCCUCAUGUUCGUGAAGCAGUUGAAAAAGAUAGAGUGUUGCUGGAAUGGGAAGGUCUAGAGAAACCACCAGUUCCGUUGUUAAAAGAUAUGUUUGGGUCAGAGAGGAGAAAAGCCAAGAUGCUGAACUUCUCAAUUGCGUACGGGAAAACAGCCAUGGGACUUGCCAAGGAUUGGAAUGUGAAAUUAGACGAGGCGAAAGCAACAGUGGACCUUUGGUAUAGUGAUAGGCCUGAAGUACUUGCUUGGCAAAAAGAGCGGAAACAGGAGGCUCACGAGACCUUACGUGUACAUACAUUGUUAGGGAGAGCACGUCAUCUUCCUGACAUAAAUUCUUCCAAUUCAUUGCUUCGGUCUCAUAUGGAGCGUGCUGCUAUCAAUACACCCGUCCAGGGAAGUGCGGCAGACGUCGCAAUGUGUGCUAUGCUUGAGAUCAAUCAGAAUGCGAGGCUUCGGGAACUUGGAUGGAAACUCCUUCUACAAGUACAUGACGAGGUUAUACUCGAAGGACCGUUGGAGUCUGCUGAAGAAGCCAAAGAACUCGUGAUAAAAUCCAUGAUGUAUCCCUUCAACGGCGAAAAUAUUCUGGAUGUCGAGUUGGUAGUUGAUGGCGAUUACGCUGAAAAUUGGUAUGCAGCCAAAUGAAGAAGGGCUUCAUCGAAGCUGUCUGCUCAUAUUACGCCGUCUUCUGUUCCUCAACUGUAUUAUAUGAUUGCGUUCGAAACUCGAUGUGCCACAUACAAGGUGGUGAACAGGAAGGUGUAUUGUAAUCAGAUGUCCGGCACUGGUGAUGGAGACGUAAAAAAGUACCGAUCGCUCAGAUUUGCCAUUGCUACCUUUCAGUGUCUCUUCACACUGAUCUGUGGGCAGACCCGAACAUCACCAUCGAGGAUUGGCGAAAUAUUGCUCGAGAUCAAUUCUGUGCAUAACUCACAGGCAUGAAUGCCCAGAUCCUUCCGGAGUAUUCUUUAUGCGUAUCACAAUUAUUCUUUCAGAGAAGUUUGGGGUCAUUUAAGCGUCAACCUUGAGUCUGGCUUGGUUUUCAAGUUCAAUUCUUUUUAAGAGAUAGCGUGGAAUUGCUUCGAGUAGGGGGUUCCUCCUUUGUACACUAGAGUUCCUGUUAGGAGUGAAACAUAUGCCUAGAAAGAGCACUAAUAGUGGAUUAAUGUAGUAUUGAAUUGCUGGAAAACUGAUGCAUUACUUAUUUAUUCCGAAAGUCCUAAGACCAUUACUUUAGGAAGCAAGUGUUGACCUGUGACUUCUUCAGUUCCUGUAUGGUGAAAUAGGAAUGGCUGUUAGGACUUGCUCUCUGAAUUUUAAAUAAAAUUCAAGAAUCAAAUUUAUCAA